AUGGCAGAAAAAUCUACAAAGGUGCUGGCUGUGCUCUUGAUGGUGUCGUGCAUGGUCGCGUACGUUCCGACAGGACUAGCCCUACGGCCAAUCGAACAUAAAUUGUUUCAUCUCCCUACAGGGUUCUUCUCAGAUUGCUGGAAAGCCUUUACAGGCUUAAACGGGUGUGGGACGCAGUUUUAUGCAGCUAUAGUCACAGGCGGUUACGACCGGAUUCGCCCCACUUGUUGCCAUGCUAUCAACUCCAUCGUUAAUAGGUGCUGGCAUGAGUUUUUCCACAACGAUCCAUCCAUCCCUCCAUCGCUUAAGCGCUACUGUGUCCAAUCAACUACCGUGGCCAAGCCCCUUUCCCAGGAUAAUUUGCAUUGA